AUGGACAGGCAUCACUCCAACCUUCACAAGGCUCCAGUCCACAGUGUGGCGAUGAGCGAGGACUCAACGAAGGUUGUGACGGCAUCCUGGGAUGCCACGGUCCAUGUCUUCGACCUCAACAAGCAAGCCCUUGACAAGACUUUGCGCAAACAGAAUAGCGAACCCAUGGGGGGCCUCUACUCCGUGGCUUUUGCGAAGACGGCGCCGGACAUCUUGGGUUGUACGUCCGUGGACAAGCAUGUUUAUUUGUGGAACUACCAGACAGGCACGCAGCAGUUCAAGCUGGGCGGUGAAAAGGGGCACCAGGACGAGGUCAAUGGAAUCGACUUCCACGAGGGUCAGCAGGUUAUGGCCACCGCAUCAGACGACUUCAGCGCAAUAAUCUGGGAUUUCGCGGAGGGGAUCCCUCUGAGAACGCUCCCGCAUCCAGGUAAGCCUGUUUAUGGCGUCACUUUCCUUGGAAAGGAUCCGGAAAGGCAGUACUUCGUUUCGACAUGCUGCUUUGAUCAGAAAACGCGAGUUUUUGACAUGCGAGACAAGAAGGUAGUCGUCACCCUGGGCGGCCACACAGACGACAUCAUUGGCAUCGACUACUCUAGCCACGGGAUCUUGGCCACGGGGUCGGACGAUGGGACCAUCCUAGUCUACGACAUCAAGACCUGGAAGGUGCUUCACAAGCUCGACUGCAAGGCCGACAUGUCGGCAGAGACCGAGGUGAAGCGUGUUGGGUUUAGUAGAGAUGGCGACAUGCUGGCUGCGGCAUGUUCGACAGGGAGCGUGGUUGUGUAUUCCGGCUUCACCACAGCAGAGAAGCCGAAGAUGUUGCAGAAACUAAGCGGUCACUCAGACUGCGUCUUCGACGUCGCUUGGGGCGUGGCCCCGAACGGUUCCAGGCUGCUGGUCUCCGCCUCGCACGACAAGUCUGUGAGAUACUGGAAGGAGGUUGUUUAA